AUGUUAUCCGUUAUUUGGCAUUACAAGGGGUUUGUUUUAGAGGUCGGGAUGAGACUCUUGAUUCAAAGAAUCCUUGGAACUUUAUUCAGCUACUCAAAUACACACGUUUUUAUAGUGAAGAAGUAA